GGGCAUCGAGCGCAGCCUGCGUGACAUGGCGCGGGAGCUGCCGGACAUGGUGCGGUGGGAGGCCAUGCUCGACUCCCUGGAGGACUACACCCGCCCUAUCAACUCCCUCUACCAUCGCUUCGUGCACUACCAGAAGCACAAGGACGAGGUUGAAAAGCACACACUGCUUGACUUUGCUGAGAGCGUCGUGUCGCACGAGCAAGGCUCCAUCAUCAACCUCAUGGCCAACAUACACAACAUGGUCGCCCCAGACUACCCUCCUGUUCCCCAGAUGUACGGUUACAAACGCAGUGCUGAAGAAAUCGCCGAACUCUCCCUGCGACCAAGUGUGUUCAAGAUGCUCCAGCAAGUACUGAAGGGCUACAACAAAUGCGACUUGCAGCAGAGCGACCAGCAGAUGCUGUUUGGCCUUUAUUCUUUGGUUGCGCUUACCCAGACGCGCGGAUACGCCAUGGUCAAUUAUGCUUAUAUGCUCCUCAAACUAUAUGAUAAAGGUAACUUCAGCGUGGAGCAGAACUUGUCACGCACUCUGUACGAGCAUUACUCUCGCACUGCUGGUGACACCUUCGUCAUGUUCACUGAACUGCUGCAGGGUCACCUGGAGAACGAGGUUGACCUGAACGAGGGCAGCACCUGCUGGAGUAAGUGCGAUAACUACGAGCACGCCCGAGCCCAGGGCUGCUAUGCGCCUAGCAAACAAAUAUGCGGCUCCAGGAAACCGUGUAAAGGCACCAUGCACAACUGCAGGGAGAAUGAGGGUCACCUGGAGAACGAGGUUGACCUGAACGAGGGCAGCACCUGCUGGAGUAAGUGCGAUAACUAUGAGCACGCACGAGCUCAGGGCUGCUAUGCGCCCAGCAAACAAAUAUGCGGCUCCAGGAAACCGUGUAAAGGCACCAUGCACAACUGCAGAUUCAUACACGCUGAUGCAGACGUUUGCUACUCAUCAAACCCAUAUCGACGCUAUGAUUGGCUACAUUAUGAAAAUGGACGAACUUUAGGCGUGCGCAACUCGUGCGCGGACCAGCAGAAGGUGGAUUCGUGGUGGCGUUUCCUGGUGCAUUGUUCCUACUGCAUGUGCCUGUGCGACGACCCAACAUCGCAGUCGUCCGACCGCUUCCUCAGUCUCGUCGCCACCGAGACUAACGUCGACGAAGGCAUGGUGCUGACAGGAGUCAAGCUGAGCAAGCAUAAGCGCGUGGUUAUGAUGGAGGUGCAGCAAGGACGAGCGAUGCCUCAGGGGCAAGUGGAUCCUUCAUCACUGGAGUGGAUCUCAGUGCCUCCCAUCGACGUCGACAGCACCGCGUUCGUGGAGGGACAGCACUACCAAACUCUGACGUACGAGGCGCGCUCCAUGGACCUGGAUGAACUCAAGGCCCCCACCGACCACGUCAUCACCGGCACGCGCUUCCGCAUGCUGGGACCGCAUGCUAAUCUCGAGAUUCGUGUGACUCCAAUUAAUUUCGUGGACGGGAAGUUGAACCCGAACCUGAGUUACUGGGUGAGCAACGACAACACGCCGGUCAUGUCCAAAUCUCCUCGCCAGGAAUUGAAACUCUACAGACCUGAUGAUCCAUCCAAGUCAACAAUUCCUUCCCGCAUGGACAGCCACAGCGACAUGUACGUCGAGUUCCAAGCUACAGACCUGGACUCUGACGCUUCACAAAUGACCGUUCCUUAUUUCGACGCUCAACCCGUAACCACUUCACCACCUACGUGGAUCUCGGGGCUGCAUUUGUUCCAUAAAGGCAGGCCUUUCAGUGGUGGCUUCAUUGCCUUGCAGUUGCAGUGCUACAAUGUCUCACGACAGUUCGAAAUGGCCGUUGUUUCGCUAGAUACUUAAAGAAAUAUAACUCAGUACUCACUGCAGUGAGUGACAGAGAGCGCGUUU